AUGCCUCUGUUCUGCAUCUUUGACUGUCUUUCUACUCGAGCGAGCGUGCUCUCACCACGCAUUGCCAAAAUGGGUGAGUGGGAGACGGAGAACGAGAAGGCGGGCAAUCUCGCUGCCCGCGAAGCGAAUCGCAGGUCAUCUUCGAGGUCCGUCAAGUCACGCCGGAGAUCCAAGACGCCCCCAAACAGGUCCAUUUCCCCCGCCGUCGCAGACAAAGCCGCCAAGCGCUCCUCCCGCGACACCAGCAUGGACGAGUCGAUUAGUAUUCUGGACCCUCGGCGAUUUACGCCCACUCUCCACGCCAACCUGGUCUCCGAGAUUCUUACCCUACGCAGAGAUCAGGAGGACAAGACCAAACUCAUUGAGAGUCUCGAGGGAUGCCUGUUUUCCACAAAGGAGGAGAACGAAUCGCUGCAGGCAAGCUUCGCCACGCUCAGCAAGGAGAGCCGCUCUCUCAAACGCCAGCUCUCUCUUCUCGAAGGAGGAACGUCGUCUGCUCUUGGUGAACUCGCGCGUGAGCGGGACGACGCCGUCGAGUCCAUCGCAGAGAACAAGAAGCGAUGGGACGCCGCGCAGAAAAAGAUUCGCAGCCUGGAAGACGAGUCUCAGCGCGUGCACGAGCAGUGGGCCAAGGAAAAGGACGAUUGGGAGGACGAGAGGCGCAAGUACGACCGCAAAAUCCACAUCUCCGAAACCCGCCUCAAGACGAUUCUCGAUGAAGUCGCCGCCUACCAAGAUGCCCAGGAAGAGCUCAAUGACGAACCGGACAUGGCGCCAAAAGAAAACGACGGCGCCAGCAUCCGCACCAUGAGCAUGACGGGCAGCAUCCGUUACUCGCUUCUCAACAGCCCCGGGCCAGCCAAUGCGAACGGAGCGUGCUUGGCGGAUGAGCUCAAUCUGGACGACGAGGACAGCGAUGCCGCGGCUACCGAGAGUGUCUUUUCAAGUCCGCGCCACAAGCGCACUGUCAGUCGCGACACGGCGCCCAUCGGCAGAAGGCAUCGCAGAGAUUGGAGUGUGGAAAGCCUCGGCCGGCCUGGCAGCGCUGCCCGCUCACGUCUGUUUUUCAACCCCAAUGUUCUCGGCAUCCUGCAAGGCGAGGACGAAGAGCCAUCUGCUUCGAUUGCGCCUCCCCCAAGUUACAGAGACACUGGUGUGCAGUUCUCCCCGCCGCCCUCGCCCAAGCUGGAGGCGUCGCGCAAGGCCGAGGCGGAAACGGUCAGCCGCAUCGUCAACGAGAUCGAGGCCAACCAGCGUCGCAAACGAGUCCAGCCCGUCGUCUCCUGGCCUGGUAAACCUGCUGCCGUGGACCAUGUUCAGCAGCGACACAUGGUCUCGGCUGCCGCACAAACGGUCGAGACGCCACUUAGCCCGCCGCGAACACCAAAGGCGGUCUUUGAGCCCGCAACGCCUCCCCCAGAAGAAAUUGAGCCGACGAUGGUGUCAGCCGCGACGCAGACGGACAAGCCGGAGACGCCUGUUCUCAACAUUGUGCCUCCCCUGACGCCGCCUAUGACUGCCAUGCCCAUUCCCAGUAUCAGCGUGCAGCCGCCCACCAGCAGGCCGACUACCCCCAGAUCGCCCAUGCUGCCGCCUUACAUGAAGAACUUUGGCUGUCAAGUCAACAUCUCCUAUGCUGUGCCCAUGGUCGAAGCGUCUGUCCAGACCGAAGGCAUCCAGGUAGACAAGAGACUGGCUACGUUGCCACCCCACCUCCAGCCCUCUGCCAUCUCUUCGCGACCGACGUCUCCCAACAAGGAUGGAGUUGACCGUGGGAAGAGCUUUACGCCAGUGCCUGGCAAUCUCCCGCCACGCAACCCCCGCCGCCUCACCAAGACGGCGACAGACUUGCCAUCAUCGCCCAUUUCUAUGGCGGGAGACGAAGAGGAUGCCCUCGCCUCCUAUCUCCACCACGAUGAUGUAGAGAAUAUCAGGCUGAGUGGCAGCCGACGACACGGCGGGCUAUUUGCGGGCUUUGAAACACAAAGCUCUGAUGAGGCGGAGGAAUUCGGUGAAGUUGACCUGAGUGAUUCCGAGUACCGCACUGCGCUCUCAGCGCCGCGACCUCACUCCAAGACGGGGCGUCCCAUAAAGCGCAACUCGUUUGGCAUGGCGACGACUUCCCCAGAGCAAGCCGUCUUCAAGCACGCGGUCGGUGGCUCUGCCAAGGUGUAUGGCACCGAUGUCUACGGUAGCACUGUGCCGUCAGAUAUGGACGCCGGCAGCCGCAGUCAUAGGCGCAAGCUGAGCAAGCCGCUCGAGAAAUACCCCGGCCAUGGCAACAGCUCCAGUCGCUCGAGCGAUAUCCGGAAGCACGCCAUGAUCAACGGCUCCAUCGCGAGCCAGCAGACUAGAUCUCGCAGCCCGAGCCUGCCCGACGGCCGCAACCCCCCGUUCCCGAUCCCGCUCCGGGACAGCUCCAAGCGGCUGUCGUCUUCCUUCAUGGGGUCGCCCAGCGAAGAAUACAGCCCUACCCGGGCCGACAGCGCCUUUCGCCGGGGCAGCAGCAGUCGCGGCAGCUACUACGGCGGCAGUGUCCGGCGGGUUCGAUCGGCGACUGCGAUGCCGCGCCAUCAGCGGUACCGCAGACACGGCAGCCGGUCGCCGCCGCCCCUGUCCGUGUCUACCGAGGCCCCAGAGAGCCCGGGCUUGCCUCCCCUGCCGCGCAACGACAUCACGACCCCUCGGGGCAAGGCGCCUGGCAGCUCGCCCUUCCAACGGCACCGCCACGAGCUGUCGACCAACACUGACAACACGGCCAACACGGACCCCAUGUCCACCUCGCACGGGUCCCACGCGACGAGCGUCGUCGACGCCAUUGCGCAGACCAUGGUCGGCGAGUGGAUGUUUAAAUAUGUGCGCCGUCGCAAGUCGUUUAGCGUGCCGGACGGCAACGGCAAGGACGACACGGGCAACGAUCGUCACAAGCGAUGGGUGUGGCUCGCGCCGUACGAGAGGUCUAUCCUAUGGAGCAGCAAGCAGCCCUCCUCCGGCAGCGCGUUGAUGGGCAAGACGGGGCGCAAGCUGACCAUCCAAUCCGUCCUCGACGUCAAGGACGACAAUCCCGUUCCCAAGGGUGCCCAAACUAUUUUUAAUCGCUCCAUUCUCAUUCUCACACCCCAGCGCGCUCUGAAGUUUACCGCCGGCUCAUCAGAGCGCCAUUACCUCUGGCUCACGGCCCUUUCCUUUCUCGCCCACUCGUCGCAAGCGGUGCCGGAGAACUUGUCGGCACCCCAGCCCCUGGUCGUCAAGCAGCCGCACCAACAGCAAGUCCCUGAAUUCGAACCACCGCAGACCAAGGCUCGUCGCCCUGGCAUCAGAGACUCGAUUCGCCUCGCCAAGAAUAGGACUGCUAUUACCAACCGCGCUGGCCCUCCCAGUGCACCCAGUAUACCUAGUGUCCCAAGUGUUCCAAGUGUGCCUUCCUCGCGCAUGGGUGAGGUUUCAAGCUCCCGUCCCCCGCCAUCGACAGGCACGGCAUCCGUCAGCCACCACAGAGAGACAUCACACGAUACUGCAGAGCCUCCCAUGAUUCAGCGCUACAAUGAGCUCUCGCAGACGGCUUCUCAUGGACGAAAGCGGAGUAACACGGGUGGACAGCAGCACGUUCCUCCGCCGUUGUCAUUUCGGGGCUUCUCGGGGCCACUAGGCAGCUCACACGACCAUGGUCGCAGCACGACGACCAACACUCCGGCGUCUUCGGACAUGUUUCAGUCGCAGGCGUCCAGCAACACUACGUGGGGCGGCUCUGAGCGAGCGUCGGAAGCGUCGAGCCGGCCGGGCAACUUUUUCGACGCCAUCGGUACGGUUCGCAUGGAGGCCUUUAUCAGCCCGCUCGCCUCUACCCAAGCAGCACCGCUGUCUGCGCAAGACGAGUUCCGCCACGUUGUGCGUCGCCGCAGCAAGGACCAUCGGAGACGCCACAGCCGCAGCCGCAGCCGCAACGGUGACGGCUUCAACCAUCAUGCUCGGGGAGGCAGUGGCCGCCGUGGCUACGACGACUUUUACGGAGGCAGCCGGACGGCCGGCGAAGAGGAAUACUUUCGAGACGACCCUUUUAAGGGAUUCUAA